AGAACACACACUGGAGAGAAACCUUACGAAUGUAACCAGUGUGGUAAAGCCUUUGCAGAAAAGAAUAAUCUCAUACGGCAUAAAAGAACACACACUGGAGAGAAACGUUAUGAAUGUAACCAGUGUGGUAAAGCCUUUACACGAAACAGUCAUCUCAUAAGACAUAAAAGAACACACACUGGAGAGAAACCUUAUGAAUGUAACCAUUGUUGUAAAACCUUUGCAGAAAACAGUACUCUCUUAAGCCAUAAAAGAACACACACUGGAGAGAAACCUUAUGAAUGUAACCAGUGUGGUAAAACCUUUGCAGAAAAGAAUAAUCUCAUACGGCAUAAAAGAACACAUACUGGAGAGAAACGUUAUGAAUGUAACCAGUGUGGUAAAGCCUUUGCACAAAACAGUCAUCUCUUAAGCCAUAAAAGAACACACACUGGAGAGAAACCUUAUGAAUGUAACCAGUGUGGUAAAGCCUUUGCAGAAAACAGUACUCUAUUAAGCCACAAAAGAACACACAGUGGAGAGAAACCUUAUGAAUGUAACCAGUGCGGUAAAGCCUUUGCACAAAACAGUGCUCUCAUAAGCCAUAAAAGAACACACACUGGAGAGAAACCUUAUGAAUGUAACCAGUGUGGUAAAGCCUUUGCACAAAAUAGUGCUCUCAUAAGCCAUAAAAGAACACACACUGGAGAGAAACCUUAUGAAUGUAAUCAGUGUGGUAAAGCCUUUGCACAAAACAGUACUCUC